UGGGCAACGUAUAGAGCGCUCAUCGUCACAGGGAGCGUGCGUCGUGUCGCAGACUGGGAAGACUGCAAUUCAAUAUUACUGUACCUUUUUCCACGGCGCUUGCACGGUUUUGUAUGGUUCAAUUAACAAAACGGAGUUUCGCUUAAGAAGGAAAGACUACCUCCGUGACUGUAGAGAGGGAUGGACUUCCCUGUGGACGUGUUGAGCUCCGUGAGCCACGAGGCCCUGGAACAGGAGGCCAAGGCCUACAUGACCGACCUCAGAUACGUCAGCCUCGACAAGGCCCAGAGCUUCACCCUCAACAACCACAGAAAGAUCAGGAUAACUCUGUCCAAUGUGGGCUUUGUUCCGAUCUACGGAGGAGACCUGAAGCACAAGGUUCUUGCUCUGUUUGCCCCAGAAGACCAGCUCACAGCGGUGGCCCUCCUCCUCGCUGGUCAGUGGUGGUCUGUGGAGGACAUCCUCACGACCUCCGACCCCUCCAGGACCGGCCUUCUCAAGGUCAGGAGUGUUGUGGAGAGGAUUGUUCUGUAUGUCCUGAACCGUAUCGUAUACCGGGUCAGUGAGAUGGAGGGGCCUGAGAUUCCCUUCCUCUGCCACAGCCAGCAUGACUUCGCCAAGAUCCUGUGGAAGGACGGACAGGCAGCGGGGUUCUACUCAGUCAAACCCAAAGACAGCUUGUGCAAUCACUUCGUGACCCAGUGCUACCAGCUUCCUGUCAUGGACUCCAUCUUCAUCAGGAAGUGUCACCGUGGAAACGGCCAUGGCCUGGAGAUGCUGGAGGACUUAGUGGACUCUUUUAAAGAGGACCAGCUGGGCUUGAAAUACCCACUUUCCAUCCCCAUGUACAAAGGCAGGUAUCCCUUCUGUCUCAGACUGCAGCACAAACAGCUUCUCAGCUGACAAAGAAAAAAACUU